ACUGAGGCGCUCCUCGACUCAGGAGCAUAUUCUUGUUACAUCAACCCAUGGCUGGUUGAUCGGUUAAAUCUUGCUACGAUCUUUCUCGAGAAAGAGAUCAGGGUUUAUAACGCAGAUGCAUCUCACAACAAGGGUGAAACCAUUAAGAAAAGGGUUCUUCUAAAUGUUAUACUAGGUAUGAGCUUCCUCAAGGAGCAUAAUCCCGAGAUGGAUUGGGAAAGGCUUAAUAUCGAGUUCACCCAGUGCCCACAAUGA